AUGACCAGUAUCGUACCUCCCGAACCCUCCGAACCCGUCGGACCCGAUAGCAUCACAAACCGCAAAACCAAUGGGGUUAUUGAGGUUCAGGAAAUCGAUGUUCCUGAGAAGCCGUCGCUGUUAGUCUUGAUAGAGGACGGGCAAGACGAAAUUCUCAGUAUAGUGGCUGAUGUGCUCGGGCAGCCAUGUUGUCUGGUCUCAUCGUGUGAUACGGUCCAGCAGGAACCAUAUCAUACAGUCCUCGGUCUUCAUAGCAAACUCGUCGCAGCGGAUGUCCGAAGCUUAGCACCGAGCAGGACGGUCAUCCAUACUCAUUGCGUGGAUAAUCCAGUCGAAAGUGACCCGGCUCUCUCACAGAUAUGUGAUUAUGAGUAUUUGUACUCUAUGACCCCGUAUCUGAGGAGAGAUGUAGCACGAUUCCUCGGAUUUAUCCUCGGCCAGAUAGGCCACCAUCGAGAUUUGACGAAGAAGAAACGAACCACUCUGAUUUCAACCACAUUUCCAGACGUCCAUGCUGCUCUUCCCAACCUGGACAUCCUUUCUGUCGGAGCGGACGCUGUCGAACUAAGAGUGGAUCUCCUCAAAGAACCACUUCCGGAUGGGACCUUCCGAGAUGUCCCAAGCCUCAAGUUCGUCGGGGAGCAGCUUAUGACGCUACGGCAACGUACCGAACUGCCCAUUAUAUAUACGACUAGGUGUACGAAAGAAAACGGCCGUUUCCCUAUGGAUGAGCCGAACCUGUUCCUGACAUAUCUAUACCGAGCGAUACAGUGGGGUUGCGAAUACAUCGAUGUCGAGUUGUGGCUACCAGAAGACAUUCGACGCACUCUGUCCGAGAGGAAGGGAAACAGCAAGAUCAUCUCGGCAUUCCACGACUUUUCGGGGACCUUUAGAUGGACUGCACCCGAAGCAGAAGAACUAUUUCGCCACGGAGCUGUGUAUGGAGACGUGGUGAAAAUGAUCGCCCUCACCAACACGGUGCAGGAGAACUACGAGCUGGAGUACUUCCGGUCCACCAUACAAUCGAGAUACCCGCAUCCUCCUCUUUCAGCGCUCAACAUGGGUUCCACCGGCCAGCUUUCUCGAACAUUGAACAAAGUCUUCACUCCGAUCACCCACCCCCUCCUUCCCAUGAUUGCCGCACCCGGCCAGCUUUCGGCAGCGGAAAUCAAUGCGGCACUUCACACCAUGGGACAACUGCCACGACGCGAUAUCUAUGGUAUCGUGUCAGCACGAGCUGCAACAAGAGCUGUCUUUUUUGAGAAGUGCUUCAAUGAGCUCGGUCUUCCUCACGUUUUCACCUUUGUUGAACGCGGUCCGAUAACUAGACAUGCUGUCAAUAUCUCCUCGGUAGUUCACCGUCCCUUGUUUGGCGGGGCAUACCUUAAUCCACCGUUAGCUGUAUCACAUGCCUCAUAUCUGCCGCAACUCUCUCCGGCUGCCAGAGCAAUCGGCCAGGUGGACACGGUCGUCCUAUCAAAGACGCUUUUGGCCACAACUUCACUCGCAGUCGGACAACCUGGGAUGGAAGGAAGCUCCUUUGUUGGCGACAACUGCACCUGGAAGGGGAUUCGAGCGACUCUAACCCACGACUUUGUCCCCAGCGCAUACCGCGGCCGCGCUGCUCUGCUCCUCGCUUCGGACGAGUCGUCCGCGACCCCCGCCAUAUUCGCCCUGAAGUCCUUGGCUAUUGGCCCCAUCUACACCGUCGGCUUCACCAUCAAGGCCACACAGACUCAGGGGCAGGAAGUCCUUGGCGUCGGACUAGGUGCUGGUUUGCAGCCUGUCCGCUCGGUCGAGGAUGUCAAACGACUUGAGCGACCAUUCGCUAUCAUCAGUGCCUUGCCUGGAGAUAAAGGUGCCUUGGUUGCACCAUUGCUGCGGCAUUACGGGCCUGUCAAGACGGAUGAGAGCUCAAGAGGCACGGCAGGCAAAGUGUUUGUCGACUUGGUAGGUGGGACAGGGAGCCGCAGGGAGCGGGAUAAGGACCCCGUGGCCGUGGCAGCAAGCCUUGGCUGGUCUGCAUAUGGGGUUGCGGAUGUGGCUGCUUGGACAACGGUUGAGACGUUGCGGCUACUUGUGGGACAGAAUGUGCCGUUUGAUUUUGCUAUUGAGCAAGUGCCCCAUAUCAAAGGUAUUAUAUCUUGCCGUCAAGGAUGCUAG